AUGCCGGUCAGGAAGGGCCUCCUCGCCCCACAAAAUACUUUCCUAGAUACUAUCGCUACUCGCUUCGAUGGAACCCACAGCAAUUUUGUGCUGGGAAAUGCCCAGGUUCCGUCCCUCUAUCCGAUCGUUUAUUGCUCGGACGGUUUCUGCGAGCUGACAGGAUUCGCGCGAGCGCAAAUCAUGCAAAAGGGUUGCGCUUGCAAAUUCCUCUAUGGCCCGGAAACGAAAGAAGAGGAAAGGGCGAUGAUCGACAAGAGCCUCGAGAGCAAAACAGAGCUGAAGAUGGAAGUCGUGUUCUACAAAAAGAACGGGAGCCCGUUCGACUGUUUGCUCGAUAUUGUGCCGAUCAAAAACGAGAAGGGCGACGUCGUUCUCUUCCUGGCCUCGCACAAGGACAUCACCCACACGAAGAACCUUCAGCUGUGUGAGUUGCAAGAUAGUGAUGCAAAAGGUGGCCUCGACCCGGAAGCACCGCCGGCUAAUUACGGCAGAAGAAGGAGUCGCGCCGUCCUUUAUCAAUUGUCGGGCCAUUACAAGCAGGACAAUAAGCACAAAAUUAAAUUGAAUAAUAAUCUUCUUCAUUCCACCGCGCCACCGUUGCCCGAGUAUAAGACGACGGGGAUAAAAAAAUCUCAAUUCAUUUUGAGCCACUACGGCGGCUUCAAGUCUUGCUGGGAUUGGUUGAUACUCCUCGCAACGUUUUACGUGGCGAUCGUCGUUCCUUUCAACGCGAGCUUCAUUAACAUCGACAGGCCGACCAUGGUCAGUGACGUGGUCGUCGAGGCGCUGUUUAUAACCGAUAUCGUUCUGAACUUUAGGACGACUUACGUGAGCAGAAAGGGUGAAGUGGUGAGCAACAGCAAAAGCAUCGCUGUCAACUACCUGAAGGGGUGGUUUUUCGUCGAUCUUGUCGCCGCCUUGCCCUUCGAUUUCCUCUACGCGUCCGACGUUUACAGCGGCGAGGAAUCGGGGCACGGUAACAUCCAUUUGGUGAAAUUAACGAGAUUGCUUAGGCUGGCGCGAUUGCUUCAAAAGAUGGACAGAUACUCGCAGUACAGCGCCGUGAUUCUGACCAUGUUAAUGCUGUUCUUCAUCCUGGUGGCCCACUGGCUGGCCUGCAUCUGGUUCGUUAUCGCGGAGAAAGAGAGAUUGAGAAACGACAACGACUGGGACCUCGGCUGGAUUCACACGUUGGCGGAAAAAUUGAAGAUCUCGGUCGAGAACGUGACCCACGCGGAAAGUUACAUCACAGCGUUGUAUUUCACGUGCAGCAGCUUGACAUCGGUAGGAUUUGGGAAUGUUUCGGCCAAUACGUUCUCCGAGAAGUUCUUCUCCAUUUGCACGAUGCUGAUUGGUGCUCUGAUGCAUGCCGUGGUCUUUGGUAACGUGACUGCAAUUAUUCAAAGAAUUUACUCUAGAAGAUCGCUGUACCAAACAAAAUUGCGGGAUCUCAAGGAUUUUUUCGUAUUGCAUCAGAUCCCCGAAGAACUGAAACAACGUAUGCAAGACUAUUUCCAAACUAUGUGGUCCUUGAAUCAUGGUAUCGAUAUACACGAGACCCUGAAACAAUUUCCAGAGGAGCUGCGAGGAGAUGUUUCGAUGCACUUACAUCGCGAGAUAUUAAAUUUACCCAUAUUCGAGCCCGCCUCCCAGGGCUGUCUCAAAUUACUUUCUCUCCGAAUUAAAAAUAAUUUUUGCGCCCCCGGCGAGUUUUUAGUUCACAAAGGGGACGCGCUCUCUUACAUAUAUUACUUGUGCAACGGUUCCAUGGAAGUAGUGCAGAAUAACAUGGUAGUUGCGAUCUUAGGUAAAGGCGAUCUGGUGGGCUGUGACAUAAACGUUCACCUGCAGCACACGAGUAACGGAGGUGGGCCAGGCGGGGGAGGUGCCGCGGAUGUCGUAGUGAAAUCGAGCUGCGACGUUAAAGCGUUAACCUACUGCGAUUUAAAGUGCAUAAAUAUGCAUGGAUUAGUCGAGGUGCUUCGUUUGUAUCCCGAGUAUCAGCAUCAGUUUGCAAAUGAUAUACAACACGAUCUCACUUACAAUUUACGGGAGGGAUACGAAGCCGAGCAAGAAUCGGAUAUGAAUGGGCCGUCGUUAACCUUACCCUCCAUCAGCGAGGACGACGAAAACGUGCCCGACGAGGGGGAGACGUCGCCCCUGUCGCCGCCCAACAAAUCACCUUUGCACACGUCCUCGAGCCCGAGACACGCCAAAUUCAGGGACGAGUAUCGAGAGGCGAGAAGGCCUGCGAGGGGAGUUUUGGUGAGAGGAGGAAGGGCGGCUCAAGUGAUCGCUCAAGAAUCGAUGGAGGAGCACAUCCGAGGAUCCGUGGAACGGCUGGACACCCAAUUUUCCACGUUGCACCAAGACGUUGCCACGUUGAGUUGCGAGGUGAGAAAUGCCAUACAAGCUCUACAAAUAUUAGCGUGUUCGCCUCAAAGUAAUCCGAAUUUACCAACCCCCGCGAGUCGUGGGAGCGGAGUUUUGGCGAGAAGCUCGUCCCAUCCGCCGGACGCUAUAUGCUGGGAUCCACCAAGGAGAAUGUUGGACGCGUCCACGCAGACCGACUGGCCCGUAGACCUGUUCGAAUCCUGGGUUCGAGCAAAUUCUCGAACAGUUCUAAGGAUCCUCGAACUCGACCCGGAUCUUCUUUCGAGGCAGCAACACUCCCCGACACCGUCCCCCUCUUCACCUCCACCACCGCCGUACGAGCCCUUGUCACCUGUUGUUGGAACACCGCCACGAUCACUGUCCCCUGCCCAAGGAAACGAGUUCGUUUUUGGCAAUAAUCGAGGGGGGGAGCAGCAGCAGCAGCAGCAACAACAACACAUUCCUCGCACGUAUAAACCGACAAACUCUACGUGGGAUCCCGAGAAUAAAUUGUUGCACAGAUUUAGCGCCGGCGAUGCUGACAACGCAUCCUUAUAUCAGGCAUUUAGCAAUUUGCGCCGACUUCCUGAAUCGCGAUCGCUAAAAUUCGAUCCGUUUGAUAGCUGAACGUUUCCAGAAACAUAUCAGGGUUACAAGCCUUAGAAGAACGCAGACCGAAGGAUAAAAUAUCGAGAAUAUACUACUUGUAGAAACAAAAGAAGCAAAAGA